AUGGACGGUGCCAGAGAACUACGAAUCGGCGGUGGUGGUGGUGGUGGUGAUGGUUCUGUUCAAGUACAGAACCGACAAACCCUAAGCGUGAAUCUCAAGUUAGGUUACCAUUACCUAGUCUCGAAUUUCUUGAUUUUGUGUUUACUCGCUCUCGCCGUCGUUAUCUCCGUGGAAGCGUCUCAGAUGAACCAAAACGAUCUCCUCCAGCUCUGGACCCAUGUCCAGUCCAAUGUGGUUACUAUAACCAUCUGUUCGGCGGUUCUAGUCUCCGGUUUAACCGUCUAUGUCAUGACCCGACCCAGACCGGUUUACAUGGUGGAUUCCUCCUGCUACCUCCCACCUGAUCACCUCAAAGCUCCGUCCACUAUGUUCAUCGAUCACGCUAGACAAAUCGGAUAUUUCGACGACGCUGCUCUCGAGUUUCAACGCAUGAUCCUCGAACGCUCUGGUUUAGGAGAAGAGACGUAUGUCUGUGAAGCUAUGAUCCAUGUCCCACUGAGAAUCUCCAUGGCUGCUGCGAGAGAAGAAGCUGAACAAGUCAUGUUCGGUGCUUUAGACAACCUUUUCGCAAACACUAACGUGGAUCCCAAGGAUGUUGGGAUCCUCGUUGUGAACUGUAGUAUCUUUUGCCCGACGCCUUCGUUAUCGCAAUGA